CUCAUCUGUGUGUUUUAGGUUCCAUGUCGCCCGUUGCGAUCUUGCGUGCCGUCUUUUGAUCGGCAGGGUCUGUUUCACGCUUUACAAGUCUCAUCUUUACGAAUCUACGUCGAUAAGUCGUUAGCAUGUCGAUUUGUCGGUCGCGGAAAAGUCUUGUAUGCACUCGGCGGUUCCUGUGACCAACCUUCACUUCACAUUUUACUGUCCCCUCGCUGUACACAGUUAGAAGUCCAUAGUUGUCCCUGUUCGCUUACGAUGCGUAACCACGGCGAGAUAGGAACAAACGCUAAGCUACCGGCCGCUUUCGGGUUUAGCUCUCGCCUGUUGGAAGGCGAGCUCGCGGACAGGUCAGCAAGGAAUCUAGAAGCGGAGAAGCUGCUAACGGAUAAGCUACGAAGGAAGAUAGCUACUACCCGAUUUGGCGUAGACGUGCGACGUGUGCGAUGCAGCGAGCGUCUAAGGCGACAGUGGACGUGUUCGGCCAGACACACCCUGCCGUUCCCAACGAGAUCAUCGCGUGUUACCACUGUGGUUACACUGUAACAGCCGGCAGAUUCGCCUUCCAUCUUCAGAAAUGCCUUGGCAAGGGUCGCCUGGCAUCGCAAAGAACCGGUCUCAACCUCGCCCGGACUCCCAGCCCCCAGCCGCAGCAGGUGCUGCCCAGACGCCCUUCCGGAUCGGAUCUUCGGCAGCAGAGACUCCUGCAGCAGCAGCAGCGACAGCAGCAAAAGCAGCAGCAGCAGCAGCAGCGACAGCAGCAAAAGCAGCAGCAGCAGCAGCAGCGACAGCAGCAGCAGCAGCAAGAGCAGCAGGAGCAGCAGCAGCAGCAGCAAGAGCAGCAGGAGCAGCAGCAAGAGCAGCAGGAGCAGCAGCAAGAGCAGCAACAGCAGCAGCCGACGCAGCAGAGGGCGGAACUGGAGCAAGGCGAGAAAUCAGAGAAACGAGUUGGUCGGAAGCCAAAGAGGACAGUAUUUGGAAGAAGAACGGCCAGUGGAAGAUUUGCUAGAGGAACACCCCCCAGAGUAACUCCCCCCAGAGUAGCGCCUCCCAGGGUAACACCUCCCCGAUUAACCCCUCCCCGGGCCAUGCCUCCUCGAGUAACGGCACCUCCAGUGACAUACACAGCAUCACGGCUCGAACAGGGGAGUGGGGGAGAGAGAAAGGUGGAAGGGUGGGGAGACGAGGAAGAAGGGUAUGGGGCGGGGACGAGGAGAAAGCCGGUUUCCAUGGUGGUCACGUUGAGGCUCAGAGGUGCGCAGACACAGAGAGACGGCGGUGCUUCUCCUCAGGUUCAGCAGCAGCAGCAGCAGCAGCAGCAGCAGCAGGAGGCACAAUCUUGGUCGCAAGCAGAUCGUGGCUCGCAGUCUUGCGUGGAUCUCUCGGGCCUUCAGGCUAUUGGGGCGAAGCGGAAGAGGGAAGGGAGAAGAAAAGGAGGAGGAGGAGAGGAGGGGCGACGGGAUGAGGGGAAGGGUGGAAGUGGGGAGAAAAGGAAAUGGAGGGGAGAGGAAUGGGAGGAGGGGAGUGUUGUCUGUGCAGGUCGUGCUCUUGCUGCCGCUCCUGCUGCCGCUCCCCCUUCCGCUCCUCCUUCCGCUCUCCUAACCCCCCCAUCUCUCCUUGGGGACUCGCCAGCAGCAGCGGCAAGGCGGAGGCAGCAGCAGAGGCUGAAGCAGCUUCAGGGGGCUCACUCUAGCGUAGCUGAGAUUGACUAUCAAGGGGAUGGAAUCUGCUCUAGAGGCGCUGACGUGGCCGCUAGGGGGCUGGAUGUUGGUAGCGCUAGGGAGCCGAGGGAGGUGAUGGGGACGUUUGAGAGGGUGACGGAAGAUCCGUGGAACCUUGGGGCGGGUGAGGGCGUGUCUCAACGAUCGUUGCCCAGCGAGGAGACACAGGGGCACGAGCAGGGGCAGAAACAGGAGCAGAAACAUGGGCAGAAGGGGCAGAAAGAGGGGCAGAAAGAGGGGCAGAAAGAGGGGCAGAAAGAGGGGCAGAAAGAGGGGCAGAAAGAGGGGCAGAAAGAGGGGCCGAAACUGCACAGCGAGCUGGGAAAUGCAGGCGCAUGGUGGGCUAGUGCGAUCCCUGAGCAGGGCCAGAAGAAGGGGCUAAGGCAGGAAGGGAAGCAGAAGCUUGCUCUGGAAGGGGAGGAGGGGGAGAAGAGAGGGAGGCAGGGCAGGGGAAGGGGAAGGAGGGCCAGCGAAGAGGACGUGGAUUACUCCUUCAGGGGGUCUCAGGAUCAAGCACACGAGGCCGAGGGGGGGGCGGAAGGGAAGGGGGACGGGAAGGUGGACGGGACGGUGCGGAAGGAAGUGGAGGGGAGGGCGGCUGGGAAAGUGGAGGGGGAGGUGGUGGGGCGGAAGCGAGGGAGGAGCAGAGAGGAAGCGUCAGUUGAGGCGAGGGAGAGGCCUGGAGGGCCAGCAGAGGAAGGGGUGAAGGAAUCGAGAGUGGAGGUAAGAGUGACUAGGAGCACGGCUGCUAAAGCAGAUGUAAUGUCGGGUAGCAGAGCAACAGCAGGGAGGGCAGGUGCAGGGGCAGAGGCAGGGGCAGGGGCAGGGGCAGGGGCAGGGGCAGGGGCAUGGGCAGGGGCAUGGGCAGGGGCAGGGGCAUGGGCAGGGGCAUGGGCAGGGGUUGGGGGAGAGGAAGGAGCAGGAUUGGGAAACGGGGAUGGAGAAGCUUCGACGGUAGUGUCAGCAGGAGCCGGCGAUGGAACAGUGCGAGAUGGAGGCAAGGAGAGCCUUGUAAGAGGAAGUGAUUGUAACGAAGCUACAUGGUCCACGUUUGAAGGGGCUGGCACGGAAGGCGCAGUGAGUUUUGAGAAGUCUAAAAAAUCACCUUCGUUUGACGGGGCUGAUGCUCGAGGUGCAUGGUGUAGGUUUGAAGGGGCUGGCGCAGAAGGGGCAGUAAGGAAAUACGAGAAGAGAAGAGGUUCAAAGGUCAGACUGCUCGACGGGGAGGAGACAGGAAGGGAGCGUAUUGCGGAGAGGGGACAAAGGGGUAUUCGAGAGACAGGCGGAGGAGCACAGGAUUGCGAUGAUUUGACUCUAGCACAGCUCCAGCACCAACAGCAGCAGCAGCAGCAGCAGCAGCAGCAGCAGCAGCACCAACAGCCGCAGAAGCAGCAGCAGCAAACUCUUCUGAAUCAUGCUGCCUCAGGGUCCUGUUGUACAGCAUCGCUAGCGCAGGCCAACAGCCAAGCAGCAGGGCUCAGCUUGAGUGAAUUCGUUCCUACAGCAUUCCCAGAAGCAGUAUCACCAGGGCUUCCACCGAGGUCAACGCAGUCAAUGCAGGUCACCAGCCAACCAGCCGCCCGAAUCGGUGUUGAGCCAGCUGGAAGUCCAGCCACGCCACUGAAACCAGCUGGCAAUCUUGCCACGUCAUCAGCCGCCAGGACACAGCCAAUCACACAAGCUCACCUCAGCUCAAGAGCCAGAAUGCAUGCGUCUUCUGCCGUAGUCACAGCAGCCCCCGCCAUAGUCACAGCAGGGCCUGCGUCCAGUGCAGUCCUUAGGGGGGAUAUUGCAAGGCGUGCAGUCCAAACCAUGGCUGACCAGAAUGCUGUUUCCCCUACCACACCUAUCACUGCCUCCCCUCCCCAGGCGACGGUUGCAUCCGCUUCCAAAGCGGCAUGCAUUUCGACUCUCAAGAAUGCGUUAGGAGCAGCAGCCUCUUGUUUGCCGAUCACAGAAAGAAACAGGGCGUUAACCAGUCCUACUGGUACAGGUGGAAACAGCCCAUCAUGUGACGUCACCACCUCAGGUCCCGCCACGGGUCUCGUGCAUGAUCUGCUGGAUCCAGCUAGGCGGGAGCUGAGUCACGUGCAUGAUCUGGAUGUCAUAGUCCCUGCUACUAGGAGGCAGCGGACAAAGGCCAAGUCCCAGCUGUCACCAGUGAAAGGAGUGGUGGCAUCGACAGCAGCGGAAGCACUGCCAUCACCAUCCCCAUCACCAUCACCAUUGUCAUCACCAGCAGCAGCAGCAGCAGCAGGAACAGCUACCACAGCAGGAACAGCCGCCGCAGCAGCAGCAGCAGCAGGAGCCGCAGGAGGAGAGUCACUUGUAACAGGUUGGGAAGAGGCGAGAGCUGCAGUAGCAAGCCAAAGAAAUGUGGUAUGUGGCACAGGAAUGGGGUCGGAAAUGGUCACACGCUCGCCAGUUCCCUCCCAGUUUCACAUGUCGCCGCCACAACAUUCCUCUCGCGAGCUGUUCUCCCCGCCUCAUUCUACAUCUGCGAAUUCUGGUUCUUCUAGUGCGUGGCUGCUUGGGGGCGAGAGGGAGAAAGGGGGAAGACAUAUAUGUGAUGGUGGUAAAGUUGUGGCAGCUGGUCCGGGGGGUGGUGCAAAGGCUACUGGGUGGAUUGGCCGAGAAGGGUCGAAUGAAGUUUCGCCAAGGAACGGAAGAGUUGCAGGGGUGGUAGAAGAGGUGCGCGACACUGACACACGCAGGAGAGAGUUCAACCCAGAAGGUUUAGGUUUACAAGUUGAAGUUUUAAGCACAGGGCCGGUGAGAAAAGUUAGGACAAAAAGACUCCCAGGAUCUUAGGAUGACCCACCCACAUGUAGAGGAUUUGUCAAGGUUGUGCGCUAGGUUUUUGUAGAAUGUUUAUUUAACAUUUCCUGGGUGG